CGCUGGUGCCGCCCGCCGUGCGGGCCUGCUCGGCGCCGCUCGUCGCCGCCAUGAGCGCCGGUCAGGCCGCGGCGGAGGAGGAGGACGCCGCCGCCGAGUCCCCGGCGCUUCCCAGGGUGCUCUCGGCGCUCUUCUACGGGGCGAGCUCCUUCUUCAACGUGCUGGUCAACAAGGCGCUCCUCAGCGCGUACAGCUUCCCAUCACCAGUGUUUCUUGGAAUUGGACAGAUGGCCGCCACUAUACUUAUCUUGUAUGUAUCAAAAUUAAGAAAGAUUGUUCACUUCCCUGAUUUUGAUAAAAGUAUACCUGUGAAGUUGUUUCCUCUGCCUCUGAUUUAUGUUGGAAACCACUUAAGUGGAUUAUCAAGUACCAGCAAACUCAGUUUGCCGAUGUUUACAGUGCUCAGGAAGUUUACCAUUCCACUUACUUUACUGCUGGAAAUCAUCAUACUUGGGAAACGAUACCCACUGAAUAUUGUAGGCAGCGUAUUUACCAUCAUUCUUGGGGCUUUCAUAGCCGCUGGAUCUGAUCUCUCUUUCAAUCUGGAGGGCUACAUCUUCGUGUUGUUAAAUGAUAUCUUCACAGCAGCAAAUGGAGUUUAUACAAAACAGAAAAUUGAUCCAAAGGAGUUGGGAAAAUACGGUGUCCUGUUUUAUAAUGCUUGUUUCAUGGUGAUUCCAACAGUUAUUUUUAGCUUUUCUACUGGAGACUUUCAGGAGUGUUGGUAUCUGUCAGUAAACAACAAAACACAGUUUUCUGUAUUGUGUUUUUGUUCAUUGCUUACCAUGUGCACUUCUGUAUCUUCACUGCUCUACGUGUUGCAAGCAACACAUUUCCAGCACUGGACAAAUUUUUUAUUUGUAUUUCAGUUUAUUCUUUCCUGCUUAUUGGGAUUUCUCUUGAUGUAUUCUACUGUCCUGUGCAGUUAUUACAAUUCUGCGCUCACAACAACAGUAAUUGGUGCCAUCAAGAAUAUAUCCAUUGCUUACAUCGGUAUGUUGAUUGGUGGAGAUUACAUAUUCUCAAUGUUAAACUUCGUAGGGCUGAAUAUUUGUAUGGCAGGAGGACUGAGAUACUCAUUUUUAACAUUAAGAGGAAACAGCAAGCCUGCACAACCUGGGGAUGAAGAAAAUGCACUUCCAGUGUCAAAGAGUUAGGCAAAAUGCCUGC